AAAAAUCCAAAAAAUCCAAGAAAUCCAAUGGUCCUUCCUCCUAAUCCGUUUCCUCUGCUUAGUUUUCUUGCGUGCGUGGGGCUGUUUUUUUUUUAUUUAUUUGUUAUUAAAUUAAGUAAUUUAUUAGUGCGGUGAAUUUUGUUCUACUUUUUCAAUUUAAGCGUUUCUUCGUUUCCUCACUCUAAGCUGUUUGUUUGUUUGUUUUCUUUUCCUCUCUCCGUUCUCGCUUCUGAUUUGUGAUUUCUGUCGAUAGAUGGAAAGUGAAUUUUUGGUUGCAUAUGCAAUUGAUUGCGGUUUCCAUAUUUAUUGAGGAACGAGGAAAAUUAGAAGCUCUAUUUAAGUAAUCCUGAACAUAUUCCUGCAUUCAAAAGUUCUUAUUCUAACCCGCGGUGGUUAUCGUGAUCGUGAUCGUCUCUCUCUGAAUGAUCUGAAAGCUGUCAGUAUCGUCGGCGCCGGAAGAUUCCUGAAGCAGUAAUGUACUCUACAGUCGGGAAUCUGAACCGUUUCCUUGACUCCGUCAGUCCGAAUCCCCCUUCUCAGCACCUUCGCAAGAGCUGUGUACAUGAUCCAAACAGCCUCUGGGAGCCCCUUAGUAAGGAUGUUGUUGAAUAUUACAAUUUGGGAGAUCUUUGGAAUUGCUAUGAAGAAUGGAGUGCGUAUGGUGUUGGGACCAAUGUGGUGUUGGACAAUGGUGACAGAGUUACCCAAUACUAUGUUCCGUAUCUAUCAGCCAUUCAGAUCUACACUAACAAGUUUGUUGCAGCUUCCAGGAUCCCAAGACAGGAUAAUGAUGCAGUUGAAUUUGAAAGUGAUUCCUGGAGUGAUGACAGCAUGAGUGACAAACUAUCAAGGUCUCUAAGCAACAACUCCAGUAGAACUUGGGAUGCCACCUCUGAUGAUUCAAAUUCUUACCAAGAUGGUUUAUGGCCUCUGAAGGAUAAGUUUGGCUACCGUUACUUACAAUAUUUUGAGAUGUCAUCACCUUAUUGGAGAGUUCCACUUGUGGACAAGAUAACUGAAUUAUCUCAGCAUUAUCCUAAACUAAUGGCUCUCAGGAGUGUGGAUCUUGCUCCAGCAAGUUGGAUGGCUGUAGCAUGGUAUCCUAUUUAUCAUAUUCCAUCUAAACAAAAUGAGAAGGACUUGUCAGCUUGCUUCCUUACUUAUCAUACACUAUCCUCAUCCUUCCUAGAUAGUGACAUCGAGUACUCCAACAACAAUUCAAGGGAGGAAAGUAGCUACUCUAAAGAAGUGAAAGAAAAGGAAACCAGCGCUGUCAAGAUUUCACUUUCUCCCUUCGGGUUAGCAACCUACAAGAUGCAAGGAGAUCUUUGGGCAAAAACAGGUACCUUUGAGCAUGAAAAUAUGGAAAACCUCAAUAGUGCUGCAUCUUCAUGGUUGAAGCAGCUUGAAAUAGAACACCAUGACUUCAAUUUUUUCAAGUUUCACACAGCCGUGUAAAUUAGCAUUUGUUUGUAGUCCCUUAUUUAUCUAUUUCUUUCAAUCUUCUAGCUAGCAACCGCCUUUUAAAGAUUUCCCCAAUUCCGAUGUUUGAAAUCGGAAGUUUAGCCACGAGGAUGAUGAGUAACCAAAUUCAAACCAAUGGUUUGAUGUAGGAAGUUUUGUGUUGGGGGUUGUGGAAUGAGUUGUUUUGUUUAGAUUUAGAGACUCUUGGCAAAAAUGGAGUUGGCAUUGGCAACUUGUAAAUGUUAUGAGGCUCUUUAUGGUUCAAAUUUUGCCUUUCCUUUUUAACGUUAAUUUUUCCCUUGUGGAGCGGAAUAGUUAUCGUGGGAGUUUUGGGUGAUUAAGUGCCCUUGCUGCUUUUCCGU